CGUUGUUGGGGUACUUUUUGUUUGUUCGUCGACGAUCCCCCUGUUGGGGGACAGGCCCGACUUAAUCCUGCGACCUCGUGGUCCAUCACCGGCCUCCAUCCACUCCCCUCUCCUCCUCAUCCCCGUGCUCAUCUCCGCCUCCUCCCUCGCCGCUCCGCCCCGCUGCCUCCCCGUCUUCCCCAUCGGCGGCCUGGGGCUUGGCAUCCGCACGAAGCUCGGCGGUCGCCUCCGUGGGGCAGAGGCGAUCCUGCUCUCGGUGAUGGUGGUGACGCUCGGGCCUCCCAGGCGGCCGAGAGCUUGUCACCAGCACCAGCAUCCAGAAUCAUCUCCCCCUGGUGGAGGCCCCCCCCCCGUGUUGGUGGCGAUGCCCAUUUCCAGGCCCCCGAUGCUUCACUCCAUCAUCAUCAUCCUUCCCAGCGGGGGGGGGGCAAGGGAAGCACCAUUCUUGACCGGGCUCCGCAGGCGAGGAGCCACGGAUCCAGCCACCUCCUCUGUCCAUCCACACCAGCAUAUCGCCGAGGAGGGUGUUCGCGAACCACGAGGGCGGCUACAAUGUGUAUCCGCAUACCUGCGCUGGUGCACGUUGGCGGUAGCGAGGUGCUCGCCUUCAUCGAGGGAAGGUCGAGCGGCAGCGACGCCGGGCACAUCGACAUCAUCAUGAAGCGGAGCACGAACGACGGUGAGCAAUGGGGCCCAAUACAGGUCGUGGCCGGCGGCCCCGGGGACGUGGCGCGCGGCAACCCGAGCCCGGUGUACUGCGAGAAGACGGGCAAGCUGCUCCUGAUCUGGAACUGGAACAACCUGGACCUCUACGUGCAGUCCAGCGACGACAAGGGCAGGACGUGGAGCAAGCCCCGGAAGUUCAGCAGCAUGGUGAAGCGCCCUGGCUGGGGCUGGGUUGCCACGGGCCCAGGGCAUGCUAUCCAGCUGCGCAGAGGCGAGCACAAGGGGCGCAUUGUGGUUCCGUUCAACAGUUUCUUCGCGGACGCGUUGGUGAAGAAGGUCCACCACCGACAGGGUUGCGCUGAGAUAGGCGAGUGCGCCCGCUACUACAACAACCACCAUCAGGACGUCAGGGUGGAAAUCGAGAACCCGUUGGACCCAGAAAUGGGGAUUCUGAAGUCCAAGUGGUACAACGGCACCACCGACUUGCCUUUGUACGUCUGGGCCGGCGACCGCUCUGGAGUCUUCUAUUCCGACGACGGUGGUGACACCUGGCAUUUGGGAGGCAUGGUCAACUCGCGCAUCGGCUCGUCGGAGUGCCAGGUGGCCGAGACGGACGAGGGCCUCGUCAUCUCUUUCCGCGUGGAGGACAAGGACACCGGCUGCCGCAAGAUGGCGUUCAGCGGGGACGGGGGCCUUAGCUUCGAGCACUUCUUCGAGCCCCAGGUGUGCAUCCCCGAUCCCGUGUGCCAGGGCAGCGUAGUGGCCCUCGACGACGGGCGGAUCGUGACCGCCGGGCCGGGACAGCACGAUGCGCGCAAGGACAUCACGCUUCACAUCUCGCACGGGAGCGUGGUCCACAACAGCAUCGGCUUUACAAAGCUGGGCAUGGUGGAGGCCGGAGACGGCGGCUACAGUGACGUCGCGGUGCUGCCGCCAAAGGCCGGCAGGGCACGCGUCGGCGUGAUCUGGGAGCACGGGUUCGCCGGCGGGGCGGGGUACGCGGUGGUGGACAUGCCGCCCAUCGAGGAGACCGAGUUCAAGGACCCCGAGGACCCUUGGGCAAUCCUCGCGUGAGCGCCGCACGGCCGCGCGGGGGCUCGAGGGACAGAGGGGCUGCUGCGACAGCAAACCAUGGGAGCCUGGUGUACCCUCGUAGUCCUGUCUUCACGUCGAGUCGCAAGAGCCCACAAGAUGAUAUGCGAGGCUCCCAUGAGUUGCCACCGAAGGCUUCCUACGCAGAACCUCUCGGAGCUCGGCGCGGACUCCUCAGAUUCGGCGCUUCCCCCGGCGCGCUCCGCGCGCCAGGGAGGUCCAGCGCUGACCCAGGAAGUCCACGCAGACCUCCGAAAGCUUAUGUUCACUGAUCUACGCAGUUCGCUCUUCCUCCCAGGAGCGCUGCACAGCCGCCCGAGGUCUCGAUGCUCCGCAGGGAGUGUGUUAGCCCUGGCAUGCGCUAUCAGCUGUUCGGCCCCGCUGACAGCGCGCAGCCCGUGUCGGCCCUCGUUGCGCAGCCUCCGUUGUGUCGAAGGGCCUCCUGUGGACAACAUCCGCUGGCGCCAACACACGUCCCGAGGCGGUUCUGAAGUUCGUGGUCCAGCUGUAGCGCUGGCACGUGUGCAAGUUGUCGAGGGGGUCGGCGGGGAUCGGGGUAGGGUCGUCAGAGUGGGAAGCCAAGGAGCGUAACGAAUUCGAAGACCAGCGCUUUGUGGAACGCAAGGAGCGGAAUAUUUCUGGAAUUGGUAACGGCGGCCGCCACAGCUCUCUCAACCAAUUAGUUGUCGAUGAGGCGCUCUGUUUUGCAGCUUGAAUGCUUAAACAUGUGUGAUCACGCAAAGGCAACUCUUUCAAGUUGCGCCUCGGCCCAUGGCAGGCGGCAAGUGGCUGCACCACGAUCGCGAGUGGCAAGCAGCACAGGCUGCCGCAUAGUGGUAGUUCGUUCCGAGAUUAGAGGCUGAGCUCUCAGCAGCAGCGGAGGUAACCGGUACGUUGUUUUUUGGCUUGCCAUUCUGGCCAAAGGCCGACAUCUCGGCAGACCACUGCUCAUGUUGCUGACACUGCUGGCACAGGCUUGCUCCCAACCGGCUAGCCUCUGCCUCAUAUGCAAGUCUUGUUACGGACAUCGUUCGUAGCCCGUAGUCGCACCCGCAUAAAAGAUGUGGUAUUUCGUUCCGUUCCCAUGCGCUUCCCCCCAUGUACGAUUACCCCAACGUCGACCCCAGACAUGUGCAUUGCUC